AUACCAAAAUCAUUAUCCUUUGUCCCCAAUUUUAUAAAAUUGAAAGUAUAAAUUACUUUAAAAACGUGUUGUAAGAGUUAUAAUAACCUGUGGAUAACCGAGAAAACACGGGGACUAGGAGCACUGGACCCUCUACGAGUGAAGUGAGAUGAUGGUUCAUUUCAGAACAGACUGACAACAGACAAAAUCAACAUUAAAACAUCUGAAAUAAAUUCCGGAACCCGGAUACGCAUAGAAAGCUAAACAAAAGUCGAGAAUAUUCCAAUAAAAACCGAUUGUUGUAUGUGUAAAUCAAUAAUCGGAAUGGUUCACUGAAAACAUCAACAAUGGCCAGAGAUGAAAUUGAAAAUGAAUGAUUGCCCAUUACGUAUCCAAUUAAAUAAAUAACGGAUCCAAUAGAAAGUCAUGGUCCAUAAUUUAGUUACUUGAGAUGUGCAAUGACACGGUAUAAGGUAAAGAGUGGUUUAAAUUAGUUUACUAAACCAAUUCAGUCCGUACAGUUGUAUUAAUCAUAAUGGAUAACAACAACGAGCAAACUGGUUACAAGAUAGAAAGAAAACCUGAUUGGUACUUCGGAGGACUCGCGGGCGCCGGAGCGUCGAUGUUUACCCAUCCUCUGGACCUGAUCAAGGUGCACAUGCAGACGAGAAAGGAUAAACGUGUCUCUACCUUAGACGUUGCUAAGGAGGUAGUUGCCAAAGAAGGUUCUUUGGGCCUCUACAAUGGCUUAUCGGCGUCAGUCUUACGUCAAUUGACAUACUCAACUGCAAGGUUUGGUGUGUACGAGUACAUGAAAACGCAGCUUGCUUCCGGUCCCAAUGUCACGUUACUACAGUCAUUAGGAAUGGCAGGUGUAGCUGGAGUCGCUGGUUCAAUUGUGGGCAACCCAGCGGAUCUCAUAAACGUACGAAUGCAAAAUGAUAUAAAACUUCCUAAGGAACAGAGAAGAGCUUAUAGACACGCUUUCCAUGGUCUGUACUCAGUCGCAUCGAAGGAGGGUGUUACGACUUUGUGGACAGGAACGGCAGUAAACGCAAUGCGCUCAGCUCCCAUGAACAUAGGACAAAUCACUUUCUACGCUCAAUGUAAAAAACUGAUGCUUAGCACGGGCUAUUUUGGGGACAAUGUAGUAACCCAUAUCUUGAGCAGUAUAACCGCAGCUGUUGUAGCUACAGCAUUAACUCUUCCUAUAGACGUGGUAAAAACUAGGACAAUGAAUGCGAAGCCAGGGGAACCUACUGGGAUUGCUACACUAGUAGCCAAAACUGCAAGCGAAGGUCCUUUGGCUUUCUUUAAAGGAUUUAUGCCAUCUUUAAUAAGAAUGAUACCACAAACCGUUCUAACAUUUGUAUUCUUUGAACAAUUAACAAAAUACUUUGGUGUGAUUGUACGAACUCCAGUUAAAUAA